AUGGCUGCCUCUGGUUUUCUUCCGCAAUCGCAACACUUCAGAUCUACUGGGCAAUCUACUCAACCGCCAUACCAACUAUCUAUCGGCGCGGUUCACCCCUAUGAACGCGAUACGACCAACAAACCCGUCGGCACCCCUUUCGCAACGAAUCCUUCUCCCGCCUCGUCCAUCUUGAUUCGUCGUCUACCCGCCGACACUCCCGAGGAAAAGCUUCGUCUCAUGCUUAUAUUCUCCCAGGAGUUAUUGGAUAUCGAGAUGGUACCUGUGGAGCAGUCUAACGAUCCAGGUUUUCGGUCGGCGAUUGUAAGAUUCAAGACUCCCACUGGAGCACACCAGGCCAAAGACAUGCUGCAUGGCAAGUCCAUUACUUCAAGCGAUGUCGAGUUGAUUGUCGAGAUUAUAUCCGGCAGUCCUGCUACAACGAGAAGACACCCCGUUGACACGGCAGUCUCUGCCCCAUCCUCGAGUGGUCCCUCCUCCACCACUUCAUCAGGCCCCGCUUCGCGUCAGUCAUCUCGAUUCAACGGAGCCUUUCAGUCGCUAGAGAAUAUCUCGCCGCCUAUGAAUGGUAUGAAUGGUAUGUAUGGGAACGAGCUACCAAACCCAGAAUCUAGCGCGCAUUAUCAGAGCCUCUUUUCCCCACAGUCGCCUAUCGGUAACCAUCUCAGUGAGCGCACACGUAUUUCAGGCAAGACCCUCAUCAACCAUGACGUGGCCGAGGAUGAUGAGACCCGCGAACUAUUGAAAGACCCGGUAGCCUACGCUGAAAAUGGUGCGACACAACAACGGAGGGCCACGGCUCCGCAGCUACCAAUUAGUCGCAUGGCCAGCCUGUCCCUGAAUACGAGUGGCGGCCCAGCAACCUUGCCGCAGUAUGGACACCCAAGCAUGACGCCUCUCUCUGCACAUGGCAACACUAUGUCACCAACCGUAAUAAACAGUGCGAGCCACUCGAUGAAUUAUCAGAUGGGCAACCAGCAGUUUCAGCGCCAUAGUAACUUCCCGCCCGUGAACCCUGCUGAUCAGAAUCCCCCGUGCAACACGCUCUAUGUCGGCAAUCUGCCGAUCGAUACAUCUGAAGAAGAACUAAAAGCUAUGUUUUCCAAGCAGCGAGGCUACAAGCGUCUAUGUUUUCGCACAAAGCAGAAUGGCCCCAUGUGCUUUGUGGAGUUCGAGGAUGUUUCGUUUGCUACGAAAGCCCUCCAUGAGUUAUACGGCACCCCUCUUCACAACAGCAUUAAAGGGGGCAUUCGUCUGAGCUUCUCCAAAAACCCCUUAGGCGUGCGUUCGGGACAAACUCCCGGCCAGACAGGCCCUGCCGCUAUGACAGGUAUGAAUGGGAUGAUGGCAGGACCCGGUAACGGUUUCACGAGCGCCAAUGGUCCUCCUCCUGGCCUUUCUGCUCCUCCUGGCUUAGGCCGUAUCACUUACAAUGGCGGGACAGCAAUACCCAAUGGGGUGAGUGCUCCGUACUCUUCAGCAACCAGCAGUAAUGUAUGGAGUAGCCCGUUUAAUAAUGGGCCGAUAUCUACUGUUAGCCCUCCCCCAGCCAUGAACGGUUCCGCAUCGGCAUUUCCACCUUAUAUGAUGGGGCGAUAA